CUGGAUAAAGUUUUCUCAAUAAUUAAUAGUUAAACUGACUCAGUUGUAUUAGCUGGAUAAAUCCCAGUGUUUAUAGCUGCUUUGAUUAGGUUCGGUUCACCAGGUUGUAUUUUUGACGGUUCAGCUCACUGCUGCCCUGUAGAUCAGCAGUAUGGAUCCGCUGGGUGCUCGCUCUCAGUUUGUGGAGGUACACACUCUUCCCACCUGGGACCAGCAUGAUGAAGUGGAUAACAGGGACAAGUGUGGAGAGUCUCACCAGAAGGAUAUCGCUGACAACCUGACAAACGCCACAAACUCUCCCCUCUCUCCCUUCCCAUUUAGAGAGGAUAUCAACAAAAAGAUUAUUCUCUUCAAUGGAGACGUGGCACUUUUAAACUGCACUGCUGUGGUCAGUACGAGCAACGAGACACUAACAGAUAAGAACCCGAUUUCAGACAGCAUUCAAAGACACGCUGGUCCUGAGCUUAGGGAGGAACUGAGUAAACUGAAAGGCUGUCGGACAGGAGAGGCAAAAAUGACUGAGGGCUUCAACUUGGCUGCACGCUUCGUCAUUCAUACAGUCGGACCCAAAUAUAAAGCCAAGUAUCGCACAGCUGCUGAGAGCUCACUAUACAGCUGCUAUAGAAAUGUCAUGCAACUAACUAAGGAGCAUGCCAUGGUUUCUGUGGGUUUGUGUGUGAUCAGUACUGCAAAGAGAGGAUAUCCACUUGAAGAUGCUACUCACAUAGCCUUAAGGACGGUGCGCAGGUUCCUGGAGAAUCAUGGUGAAACCAUAGAGACCGUGGUGUUUGCUGUGUCAGAUGUUGAAGAGGCUGUUUACCGAAAGUUGCUCCCACUAUACUACCCUAGCUCUGAGAAGGAAGAGAGAGACAGUCUCCCUUUAUUACCUGCAGACAUUGGAAAUGCAGAAGGGGAACCGGUGGUGCCUGAGAGACAAAUCCGCAUCACUAAAAAGCCUGGUACCCUUGAAGAUGACUCGGGAGAUGACUCCGAGGACUCUGACUUGGGACUGGUGGGCAAUCAUGCUUUUGCUAGGAUGGAGGGAGACGUCGAUAAGCAGCGAAAGCUGAUUCUCCAGGGUCAGCUCUCUGAAGCAGCCCAGCACAAACAGCAUCAGAGAAACUAUAACCGCUGGCUGUGCAGAGCUCGAGCAGAGGACCUCUCAGACAUAGCAGCGCUCAAGGCUUUGUAUCAGACUGGUGUUGACAUGUGCGGCCGCACAGUAAUGGUGGUUGUAGGCAGGAAUAUUCCAGUAACUCUUAUUGACAUGGAGAAGGCUUUGUUAUAUUUCAUCCAUGUAAUGGAUCAUAUCACAGUGAAGGAGUAUGUGAUGGUGUAUUUCCACACACUUACUGCUGAACAUAAUCAUCUAGACACAGACUUCCUUAAAAAGCUCUAUGACAUUGUGGAUGCAAAGUUUAAGAUACAUCUGAAGGCUUUCUACUUUGUCCAUCCAACAUUUCGUUCCAAGGUUUCCACAUGGUUCUUUACCACAUUCAGUUUACCUGGGAUGAAGGAGAAGAUCCAUCACAUAGAGAACCUGCAGCAGCUCUACACCUGCAUCCUGCCUGAGCAGAUCGACAUCCCUCCAUUUGUGCUAGAGUAUGACAACAGAAUAAAUGGCACAUAUAACACUUCCCACUCAUCAGGCCUGUAAAGUCAACUUUAAGUGGACCUAAUUAUAAAUGUGGACAGGAAAGAGUCACCUGUCCAUUCACCCUGGUGAUGCAUGUGCAGGUGCUGAGUUUACUGACUGACUGUGACAGAACUACUGUGCCAAACAUGAGUUUCACUGACUUCAACACAAUGUGUGUGAUUGAGAGAAGCAAAAAGGAAGUCUGUCAACUUUUUAUUACUCUGCAGCAGUGUUAAUCUCUGUAAGAAUAAUCAGUCAUUACUGGAAAUGUUUGUCAUAAAUCCAAGCCUUUCACAGUUCAGAAGGAGCAAAUUCAAAAUGUGAUUAAAUUAUAUUUAAUAUUAAAAUUUCGUGUUGCAAAAUAAAAGCAAAUAUUUUUAUUUUUUCUUUCUUAAUUACCAAAGUCAUGGUAACAUGAUUGUUGUUUUUAAAUUAUUUUUAAGUGUUCUUAUUGUAUUGUUUUAUUGACAAAAGAAUGUCUUGGCAAACACUUGUUUUUGCUUGAUGGUCUUCACUUUGCAUGUGAUGUAGAAAUAAAUAAAAAUGCUAUUACUGUCAGGAGGUAAAAAUAAUGGUAUCCAAUACACUGUUACAUUGAGCCUCAGUCAGUGCUAUUGGAAAUGAGUUUAGCUUUUUCAGAGCGUAUCACAGCAUUGUCAUAUUUAAAAUGUUACUUUUUUUACAGUAUACGGUUUUGUAAGAGCUGGAUGAUGCAAAGUAAUUUUAAACAGAAGGUACUUCAGCAUCCAAUGCUACUUACUCUGGUGUGUGCCAUAACUAAAAUCCAUUAUUUAAAGAACCAAAAUGUUAAUGAAUUAUUACAGUAUUUUCUCCCUGCAAAUCCAAAUAAUAAAUGUCACAUUUUGUAUAUACACAUUUUUAUAGUUGUUUUUUAAUAGUUGUAAAUAAAUAAAGAACAUUUUGUCUUA